GAUUCCUCCGUUUGAACAAAUACUAGUGUAAUAGAGUUGUCCAGAGGAAAUACACGUUUUUUUUGUCUUGAAUUAUUAAGGAAUUGUUCAGUCAUUUAUUUAUACCUAAAAGGUUUAUAAUUUCAAGUGUUAACAUUUUCUUUGUUAAGUUUUUCUCACGACAACCUUGCAGUUGUCUGAAGCGCUUAAUGGGUGAACACGAGUUCUGAAAGUAGAACUGGUACCUGCCAUCUGGUCAUUACCUGAAAACAGAACUGAUACCUAUCAUCUGGUCACUGCCUAAAUCUCGACUCAAAGGAGGAGUUGGAACUAAUCUACUUUUGGCAGAAUGAAUAACAAUGAACUGAUUGAGUACUUUAAGGCUCAAAUGAAGGAAGACCAUGAGGUUGCUUCUGCUGUUGCAGCUAUUCGAACAUUACUAGAAUUUUUGAAGAGAGAUAAAGGUGAAACAAUUCAAGGCCUGAGAGAGAACCUCACUAAUGCCAUUAAGACUCUGAUGGAUGUGAAUUCUUCAGUGGCUGUAUCCUCAGGAGGAGAGCUCUUCUUGCGUUUCAUCAGCUUGACCUCCUUAGAACAUCAGGACUUUUCAGUGUGCAAAAAGGUGAUGAUCGAAAGAGGAGAGCUAUUCCUAACCAGAAUAUCAUUGUCUAGGGGCAAAAUUGCAAAACUGUGUCAUAUAUUUAUAAAGGACGGAGCUAGAAUUUUAACUCAUGGAUCCUCCAGAGUGGUUUUGCAAGUCUUGAAUGAAGCCGCUUCUGCAAAGAAGCGUUUUAGUGUAUUUGUCACCGAAUCCCAGCCUGACUCAGCAGGCAAGGGGAUGGCUGACUCAUUAAGAAAGUUAAAUAUUCCAGUAACUGUAAUUUUGGAUGCUGCAGUUGGUUAUAUGAUGGAACGUGUAGACCUGGUGAUAGUGGGUGCAGAAGGUGUGGUGGAGAGCGGUGGGAUUAUUAACAAGAUUGGCACAAAUCAGAUGGCAAUUUGUGCAAAAGCCCAUAAUAAGCCAUUUUAUGUAGUGGCUGAGAGCUUCAAGUUUGUUAGACUGUUCCCACUUAAUCAACAUGAUGUCCCAGCUAAAUUUAAGUACAAAGCAGAUACACUGAAGACUGUAACAAAUCUAAAGGAUGAACAUCCAUGGGUUGACUAUACAUCACCUUCACUGAUAACAUUACUGUUCACUGAUCUGGGAGUGCUGACCCCUUCAGCUGUCAGCGAUGAACUCAUUAAACUUUAUUUAUAAAAUAAUCUACCUCAGUGAACUGGCACAAAAUUUAAAUAAAAUGCUGUUUGCAGAAAAUGA